GGACUUGAUAAACUCCCCAAGUCGAGUCUGUUUUGCCCAUGCUGGUCUAUUGAGUGAUCUCUCCCUGUCAUUAUCCCAAGUCUUUCCGUGUAUUUUCUCUCCCCUGUCCAGCUGAGGAAAGGAGUCUAUAGGAAAGUAACAAGAUAAUUCAGGCUUUGAUUUCAGCACCAGAGUCAGCUUAUAAGGAACUGAGAACAAUCAUUUUCCAUUUAAUGGCAGAUUCUGCUGCAAUUAUUUGGUAAACAAUGAAGGUUCUGUUGCUGAAGGAUCCCAAAGACAAAGAGUCAGGACCAGAUCCCUAUAUUCAAGCAUUAGGAUCAUACAGAUUCGAAGCCACUUUGAUUCCAGUUUUGUCAUUUGAAUUCAUAUCUCUUGAAAGCUUAUUUGAAAAGCUUUCUCAUCCAGAAUGCUAUGGAGGCCUAAUUUUUACUAGUCCAAGAGCAUUAGAGGCCAUCAAGAUAUGUUUAAAAGAGAAGAGUAAAAAUGAAGCCUGGUCAAAAUCCCUUAAACAAAAGUGGGAUACCAAACCAGUGUAUGUGGUAGGAAAAGCAACGGCUUCUUUGGUGGAAGAAAUCGGCCUCACUCCACAGGGAGAAACGUCUGGAAAUGCUGAGAAAUUAGCUGAGUAUAUUUGCUCAAGGGAGAAAUCCAGUUCCUCAGCUCUUCUUUUUCCUUGUGGAGCCCUGAAAAGAGAAGUGCUUCCUACAGUACUUAGAGAAAAAGGUAUACCUCUGGAAAGCCUCACUGUUUAUCAAACAACCCAGCAUGCUCAUCUGCAGGAGUCUUUGAGCAGUUAUUUCUCACAACAGGGAAUUCCAGCAAGUAUCGUGUUCUUCAGUCCAUCCGGUGUCAAAUUUUGCCUCCAGCACAUUCAGAAGCUUUCAGGAGAUUUUAUCAAUCAUAUCAAGUUUGCUGCCAUCGGUCCAACGACAGCCGAAGCCAUGGAAGCAGCAGGAAUCCCUGUGAGCUGCACUGCAGAGAGCCCCACUCCCCAGGACCUCGCCACUGGCAUCCAGAAAGCACUUCACUUACACAACUGCUCUGUACCUAAAUGAGCACAGUGUGACUUUGAAGGUGAACUCAGUGUUUGUUUGCAGACCUGUUGUUCUGCAAGGUGUUCUUCAGGGAUAUGCAACACUGUCCUCAUCUGGUGUGAGAAGCUGGCACCUAAAUGCAGAAGAAACCUAGGAUUUGUCCAGCAUCCCUUAAAGUACCAGUUACUCCCCUUUUCUCAUGUGUGCAGUGUAAAUACUUCAUGUGGUUAUUCCUUGAAAGCUCAGUGUGAGAGGUUGAUCUGCCUUAGAGCACACUGAGAUAAGUCCAGUGUUAUCACCUCAGGUAGCACCUACACACCAGGUAAGGCUUUCAUGCGUCUGUAGAAUCAGUUCUACACCCAUCCUGCUCUUUCAUAGCUGGAAACCAUACACACAAUAAGGUGUUUCCUGCUGUAAAGCUUAUUUGUUCAUUGUUCUGCUUUUCGGAUGUUGAUAUUAAAAUGAUGAUUGUAGAUACUCAGUGAAAUAAGAUGAUUCUUAGGGUGAAGCUGCACCAUGUGGAGCUAAAAGCAGGUCAGCUAUUACCAUUCCUAUCCCUCCAGUACAGAGUCCUAUAAAUGAGGUUCUGGUUUCCAUUCCUGUAAAGGAGGAGAAUUUAUUAACAGAAAAUAAACUGAGUUAUCAUAGCUAAUAAUGGUGUUAGAGGUGUCUGUUGUGGAUGUGGUUUAUGCUUGAGUUGUUUAUCUGUGAAAGAGGAAACAGUAAUCCCAUUUAGCACCACUGCUACUGCUGAGGAAUUCAGAGCAGAUUUAAAUCAUAAUAAACUUAAUUAUAAUCCCCAUGAAAGUCAUUCAGUGCAGUGCUGAGGUUCACAGACUAACAGAGAAAUCCUCAUUUGUUGUAAAUUUCUAUUAGCUUAAUUCUGAGUCUAUGACCUGAAUUCCCAAUUAGGUGAGAUGCUCCAUACCCAGAAUAAGAGUUAAUCUGAGCCCAAUUAUGUUACUGUGAACUGAAGUCAUGUCAAAUUGUGUGUGUGGAUUCAUCAGUCAGCCUGGGCACAAUAAAACAGCCAUUUUGCUUA